AUGAAGAAGGAAGAGACAGGCUUUGAUAGAUUCGAUCAUUUCGUCUUGAAUCAAAUAGAGCAACUUCCUAUUUGCGCCGAAAACAUCGCCCGUGAAACGCGAAGAGAUCCUCAUUUGGGAAGGAUAGUUCAGCAAAUAGAAACAGGCCAAGACCUCACUCGUUUAGGCUACAAAACACCAGAAGUUAAUUACAGACUAGGAAUGUUUAGGAUAGUAAAAAUGAAAGGUAUGGCAAGAUCUUUCGUAUUUUGGCCUGGCAUCGAUACUGAGAUUGAGAAAAUAGCAAAAACCUGUGUACAUUGUGUAAGGAAUGCACAUGAGCCACCGAAGAUCCGUAGCCAUCAUUGGGAAUAUCCUAAGGGUCUCUGGAAACGAGUACAUUUGGAUUACGCAGGAACCGUAGCAGGAAAAAUAUUACUUAUAGUUGUCGACGCCUACAGUAAAUGGCUCGAGGUGAAGAUCACAAGUUCUACUACAACACCAGCGACAACUGCCAUUCUUGAAGAAUUGUUUGCUGUCUAUGGAUCUCCAGUCACGAUCGUUACUGACAACGAACCACAAUUCACGGCAACGGAGUUUGAAUCGCUUUUACAGAAAAACGGCGUUAAGUACCACUAG